AUGGGCAUUAAUGGGGGUGACACUUUUUCGGUGAAGGUGAUCGAAAAUGCAGUGGUGCAUGCAGCAGAACCAUGGAAGGACCACUGGGUACCAUUCACAAAUUUUGAUCUGGUUGUGCCACCUUUUGAUAACAGUUCUAUCUUUUUCUUCAAGAAACCCUCCCAUGGGAGUUUCACAACCAUAAUAGACUCCCUCAAAAAUUCUCUAUCUCAAGUUCUUUCGAUCUUCCCACCCCUCGCUGGCAAGAUAGAGUGGAACGGAGAUAUCGGAGAGAAUCAAAUUCAUUGCAACAAUCAAGGUGUCGACUUUGUUGUAGCUGUUGCUGACGUGCAACUCAAGCAACUCAACUUUUACAGUCUAGAUGAAUGUGUUGAGGGGAAACUAACGUCCAGGAACAAUCGUGGGAUAAUUAACGUCCAGGUUACAAAGCUAAGUUGCGGUGGGAUAGUAAUCAGUUUCUUAAAUAAUCAUCGUAUAGUUGACGGGUACUCUGCAAAUAUGUUCAUGUCAGCAUGGGCGGACAUGACUCGACAUAAAACCACAUUUAUACGCCCUUCGUUUGAGAGGUCUUACCUGAAACCAAGGUCGCCAACUACUUAUUCGCCGUUAAUUGAGGAUAUGUUUACCAUGUUUCAACCACCGCCCAACCCAACCGAGGACAUAAGUGAUGAUGAUGACUAUAUACUCGUGAAUCGCUUGUACUACAUUAAAGGUGAGCAACUUAUAAAGUUACAAAUGUUGGCAAGCGAAAAUGGGUGUAAGAGGUCAAAGGUAGUUUCAUUCACUUCUUUCUUGUGGAAGCAAGUUGCAAUGAGCAUGGAAGACUCUGGGAAACAUAGUGAAGUAUGUAACAUAGAAGUUCCCGUUGAUGGAAGGAAAAGGUUGAGUGACAAAUGUGAUGAUGAGAAAGGAAAACAAAUGAACUCAUACUUUGGAAAUCUUAUAUCUUUACCGUUUGGAUCAAAAAUACCUCAGGAGUUAAAGGGGAUGUCAUUGAGCAAUGUAGCGUCAGAGGUUCACAAGUUCUUGGAGCCUGCUACUACGAAAGAGCAUUUCUUGGAUAUAAUAGAUUUUGUAGAAGAAUAUCGGCCAAGACCACUAAUGUCAAAGGCAUUUGUGGGCGAUGGGAUGGCAUUUGCAGUGUCAGCAGGACAAAGGUUUGAGACAAUGAACGAGAUAGAUUUUGGGUUUGGUAAAGUGACAUUCGGAACAUGCCACCUCCCGUCUAAUAGGAUUGAUAGUUUUGUGAUGGCAAUGUGUAGUCCAAAAAACAACGAGGAUUGGGUUGUCUUUAUGCGUAUGCCAAAAAAGCACUUGAACUACAUUGAGAUACAAGGGUGUUACAGAUUGGUUCCGAAUCCGUACAAGAAUAAAGAACCAAUUAAGACCAAGUGGAUUUUCAAGAAUAAGAAGGAUGAAAAUGGAGUUGUUGUGAGAAACAAAGCACAUUUGGUUGCUAAGGGAUUUUGUCAACAAGAUGGCAUAGAUUAUAAUGAGACGUUUGCACCUGUUGCACGAAUUGAAGCUAUACGCAUGUUUCUUGCUUAUGUUGCGUACAAGAACUUUACUGUAUACCAGAUGGAUGUCAAAACAGCAUUUUUGAACGGAGUUCUCAAAGAAGAGGUCUAUGUUGAUCAACAAGAAGGCUUUGUGAAUUCUAAACAUCCGGACUAUGUCUACAGGUUAGAUAAGGCUUUGUAUGGUUUGAAACAAGCUCCUCGUGCCUGGCAUGACGUUGUUACUGCUUUUCUUUUGAAAUCUGGGUUCAACAAAGGUUCGAUUGACACUACUUUGUUCAUAAAAAGACAAGGUAGUGACAUUAUUUUAUUCCAGAUUUAUGUAGAUGACAUAAUUUUUGGUUCGACUAACUCUAAGUACUGCAAGAAUUUUUCUGCUUUGAUGAUUAGCAAGUACCAGACCAAUCCCAAAGAAAGUCAUUUUCAGGCCGUCAAGCGGAUUUUCCGUUACCUUAAAGGCACAUUGAACCUUGGUCUAUGGUAUCCCAAGGAUACCGGAUUUCAGUUAGUUGCAUAUUUGGAUGCUGACCAUGCAGGUUGUAAGUUGGAUAGAAAGUGUACUUCAUGA